AUGUCAAUGCCUCCGGAUACAAAGUUUGGUAAGCCGCCGCUCAUGUCUCCAAGUGCCGGGAUGUCACGGUUCCAGCUGAUUCCAAAAUUCUACCAGUCCGAACCGCUGCCGAUCGUCCAGGAUCUGGCAUUCCCCCCGUUCAAAAUCGAGCAUCGUUACAAAGGGGUGUAUGAACGCGCUGGGUUCGACAUCAACCGGGGAGGCUCUGGCAACAACGGCUUCAACGCCCCCAAUGGCGCCUACCGCACGUCCCGCUCCCGCAAUAGCUCGCUGUCGCUGUUGCCUCGAAGUUCCCACCAGCUGGCGCAACUGGUGCCUCCUCACCCCGUGUUUGACCAUAGUCACUCGCGCCUGGAGCUGGAGCUGACGCUGCCGGUAAGCGACCGUAGCGACUCCGGCGUCGGCGUCGGCAAGCGUAAUGUCAAGGGGCUCAUGAUUUCCACCGAUAUUCCCCCCAUGACCAAUCGUCAACCCAACUCGCCUCUAUCGACGCUGCCGGCGUUGCUGCUGGGACGCAACCCUAGUUUCAAUUUUGCCCCUCCCCUGCACACGCUGCUGCUGCUAAAGCUGCCGCUGGCCAAACUGCCGGUGAUGGCGCCGCUGCUGCCAUCGGUAGCGCAGUCUCAGCGACCACCAUUUGCUCAGCCGCAACCCCAGCUGGCGUCGCAGCCAGCGUCACCCCAAUUGGCGCCUCAGGCAGCCCCCAUGAACUACCUGGGCCACAUCAGCCACCCCGUGGGGGGCACAGCCCCCUCUCUGGGUCCCGUAUACCCUCAUGAACACUAUCAUAACUUAGCGGAACCGUCUCCACCGAUACAAGACGAGGACUCCGCUAAUCAGUCGGUUCCGUAUCCUCAGAUUCAUACGGCGCCACCAUCUCAACCUCAACCACAAGUCCCCGAUCACCAUGAUCAAACGACGUUCGUUCCCGUCACUGAGAAGAUGCGCCAACGUCAAUCUCAGGAACAGUUGCAGCGUCGCAGUACCUUAACGAAAAAACGGUCGAUUAAGAAAAUCAACCAGAUUGAUCUGGCACUUCAGGAUUUGCGCAGUGAGGUCGAGUCGCAUCGCUCUCUGCAACUGAGCAGCUUGCCUCGUCUGCUGACGCGAUUCAGUCAGGCAUCGCCGCCGCCGCCAUUACCUACCGUGGAUAUUCUUCCCAAAGUGGUGGAUACUGAUAGUGAGGUCCCCGAAUCUAAGGAGGCUCAGCUGCAGCAGUCUAGUGACUACCAAAACUUUCUCAUGGCCAGACCUGAACCUCAGCAAUAUCGUCAAUCGCAGGUGCUGAUGGUGUCGCUGAUUAUUCUGCGAGACAACGACCUGUUCGAUGAGGACGAUCUGGAUGAUGAAUCCGCCGCCGAACUUCAGCGCCAAUUGGACGAGCUUAAAUUUAAUGGUGGCAAAAACCUUAAUAUCAACUCACCCAGUACAAAUCAAGUGGCGCAGCAGUCUUCUCUGCGAAACCAAGAUCACAUGUCCGAAUUUGACCGUGAAGAGUCGCCUACGCCCAUCCCCGCCACGACGGACAAAUUUAAGCACCCCCAAGGUGUCCCUCAUGCAUCUCCGCGAGUGGCCCCACCUUCCUUUGUGGUUGAACAAGCCCCGGAAGUGGCUUCUGUUCCUCCUGCAGUGCCCACUAUUGAGGUGAACGAACCCCCUUCGGUACCCUCAUUGCCCCAAAUCACUGUAGAGUCAUCUCAGGAGCCAUCAAUUGCGAUCAGCUCUCUUCAACCGACGCAAGCUGAAUCGCUCCCUAGCUCUCGAGAAGUGGUGAAUGGACAACAGCCACACAGAAAUGAAAAGUCUCCAUCUGUUGUCGACCUUGAGCGUUCAAUUGACGCCUCAAUCUACGAAUUGGAGCAGCAGGGAUCUGAGCGGGGCUCGGGCUCAGAGCCCCCGCGUCCAGGAUCUCGUCUUCUGCUGGCCAGCGACGACUACGACGACAUGCUGCUGGUUGCGCUGUAUGAUCUGGUACAACCACUUUUUGUGGGCCUGGAGGACCAACAUGCGGAGGUUAAAAUUGUUAAGUCGCCGCCUUUGCCUCAAGGAUCACAGUUCGGCCUGAUGAUUCCUGACGACGAACUUAUACUGAUCAAGUCAAACCUGACAGCGCCUAAGCUGAUCCUCAAAAAGCAGGUGACUUACUCCCCUCAGAAGAUUUCGACGCCAGUGAUGAACCACACCCCUACGAUGUCUCACUCCCCUCAGAUGGGCCUGCAAUACCCCCGAUUUGACUUUGGUGCCGACCUGUCGCCGCUCAUGCCCAUUGUUACUAAACACGCUCCAGGUCAGGGGCCUUGUCGCGCUUGUUCUAAUGAAGUGUCCCCUGAUGCUAAGGGUCCCGAAAGAGCCAUUUUUUCGAGGCUGGGUGAUCUUCUGGGUCAAUGGCACCGCGGAUGUUUCACUUGCAGUCACCCCGAUUGCCAAGUCGCGUUUUCAAAGCACGUACAAUGUUACGUUUAUGCCGACUAUCCUUACUGUGGUUUCCACUACCACCAGGAGAACGGCACGUUGUGCGAGCUCUGCUCCACUGGUAUUGAAGGCGAAUGUAUCGAGAAUGAGUUGUUGCAAAAAUGGCAUUUGCACUGUUUGCGUUGUCUUAAGUGUCGCCGGACGAUCCGCGACGACUAUUACCUCAUUAACGGCGAUAUUUAUUGCGAGCACGAUGGUAAGAAUAUUAUUCUGGGUAACGACCUGAUCAAUGGAGAGGGUCGAGGUCUUACUCAAAACGACAAGGUCGAACGUCGUCGUACUCGAUUGAUGUUUGUUGACGGACAAACAAUAAGUUAA